GGCAAAUCUUUUUCUUUUUUGUUAUUAUUAUUAUUAUUAUUAUGCUUUCGAUUGCUAAACGAAGCUUCUCUUCAUGUCGAGUUCUUCUUCAUGAAAACCCUUUGGGGUUACCUCGACACAAAUCUCCCCCUACCAUACCUAGAGCUCAACGUGGUCUACCAAAGAAAAUGCCUAUUGCUAAUGUCAAGCAUGUUGUGGUAGUUGCUUCUGGAAAAGGAGGUGUUGGCAAAUCAACAACAGCAGUCAAUAUUGCCCUGGCUGCUGCUGGCAUGAAAAAAAGAGUAGGCAUUCUAGAUGCAGAUAUAUUUGGUCCAUCUGUACCUAAACUGAUGAACUUGAAGGGUGAACCAGAACUGACAGAGAAAGGUGAUCGUUUAAUACCAUUGACAAACUAUGGUGUCAAGUGUAUGUCAAUGGGAUUUUUAGUAGAUCAAGAUGCACCUGUUGUUUGGAGAGGAUUGAUGGUCAUGAAAGCACUUCAGCAAUUACUGCAUCAAGUAGAGUGGGGACCCUUGGAUUUACUUGUGAUUGAUAUGCCACCAGGCACAGGUGACGUUCAAUUGACCAUCAGUCAACAAGUGGUGGUAGAUGGUGCUGUUAUUAUCUCUACACCUCAAGACAUUGCUCUCAUUGAUGCCGUCAAAGGGACCAACAUGUUUAAAAAAGUGAAUGUACCUAUUCUCGGUAUGGUACAAAACAUGUCCCUGUUCAUUUGUCCCAACUGUCAUCAUGAAUCUCAUAUCUUUGGUCAUGAUGGUGCUGCUCGUAUGGCUCAAGAUUUACAGGUUCCUUUGUUAGGUGAAGUACCACUUCAUGCUGAUAUCUGUACAUUGUCAGAUGCUGGCAAACCUAUUGUUGUCUCCAAACCUGACAGUCCCUUUUCUACUCAUUAUCGCUCCAUUACACAAAAUAUCUUUGAUCGUUUGUCUGAAAUCAAGCAAUAAAAUGUCCCAUUCGUUUGUUUGUCCUUUAUUAAAGUCUAGGUUAUUUAUUGUUCGUACUUGUGCUUGAUAUCUUCCCAUUGUUUCUAUUAAAAAGUGUAAGUCAUUGAAUUGCAAGGAACAGUGACUUACGCCCUUGUUAAUGUUGUUCCAGAUCUUUUCAGUGGCAGAAUCGAAACCCAUUUCAAAGACAAGGGCACCAGCAAAGAUAGAGGUGACAAAGACAGAGUUCUUCUUGAAGAUGGAGCUGUAGAUUGUACGAGUCAAACCAGAAGCAGGAGCAGCAGGCAUUUUAAAUAUAAGAGAGUGGGGAGUCGUUAAAAAAAAAA